AUGCGGGUCACGACUCGCCGGAAACCGCUACUGGGACCGUCGAAUUUCAGCUCUGGCUGCCGGAAAUCGCGCCGGACUUCACCACCGAAAGAUCGGGUCACACGGGUUCUCGGGUCCAAGCACUUGAGUUCCGCCGGAAAUCAGGUCCUAAGCACCACCAGAGUCGACCCACCGGUAGAAUGGGCCGGAACUCGCGUCGCCGGCGUCGUCUGCUUCCGCCGUUGCCGACCCACCGAUCGGGUCCUCACACAGCCUCACAACAUUCUUCUUGAUAAGAAUUUUACUCCUAAGGUGUCUGACUUUGGCCUUGCAAAACUGUAUCCAGUAGAUAACAACAUUGUUUCUUUGACUGCAGCAAGAGGGACAUUAGGAUAUAUGCCUCUUGAAUUAUUCUACAAAAACAUUGGAGGCGUUUCCUACAAAUCUGAUGCAUAUAGUUUCGGAAUGUUAUUGAUGGAAAUGGCGAGUGGAAGAAAGAACGUAAAUGCAUUUGUAGAGCAUUCAAGCCAAAUUUACUUUCCUACUGGGGUUUGUAACCAAUUGCACGAUGGAAAUGACAUAAAAAUAGAAGAUGCCAUAGAGGAGGAAAAGAAAAUGAUUACGAAGAUGAUCAUAGUUGCAUUAUGGUGCAUACAGAUGAAGCCUUGUGAUCGCUCUUCCUUGAACAAUGUCGCAGAAAUGCUCAAAUGA